UGUCCCAAAGUGAUUCAUAGCAUAUACUGUGUAUUUUCUGGUGAUUAUUUGAGAUGUAAUAGGGAGAUGGAUACUUGGGAAGUGAACGGAAAAUGGGAUUAAAAGAUUUGCCGCAAUGUAAUAAAAUGGAGGGUAACCUCCUGUCUCCUUGGUUCCUAUCAAGAUCCUGAAGUGUUAUUUUCUCUUUAUUAACAUAGUAAAAUGGUUUACUCUCUAGGAUGGGCUUUUUCGUGCUGUUGGGCCUGGUCUGCCUGUCCGGGAUCCAGAGUUUAAUGAUAUUCACAGAAGUUCCAGAAAACAUAGCUCUGAAGGGCACCGCCACCCAAUCCAGUAUCCGGGAUUUCCUCGGAGACGCAGGGAACGCGAUUGACGGAAAUCGAGACAGCGACUACUAUCACGGCUCCUGCAGCAAAACCAACAAGGAUCUGACCCCGUGGUGGAGGGUGGACCUGCAUGAAAAGCACUGGGUCUUUCACGUCACCAUCACCAACAAAAUCACCUAUCCAGAGCGCUUGAACGGCGCUGAAAUCCAUGUGGGAAACUCCCUGGAGAACAACGGGAACAGUAACACAAUAUGUGCAACAGUCUCAUUCAUUCCAGGAGGAAAUUCCACUAUCUACCAUUGUGGGAGAGGAACUCAAGGUCGAUACAUCAACAUAGUUAUCCCUGGAUACAGGGGACAGCUCAGUCUCUGCGAGGUCGAGGUGCAUGGUGUCCAAGUGUGAUCCUGGUCCCUGCCCUACCCACCCUCCGCCACUUGUAUUUUUGGACCGGAG